GUUCACGCCUACAAUCCUCAUUAAGCGUACAUUCGGGAGUUAUUCUCUAUUCAUCCUACUUCUUGCGAUUCUCCUACGUGGAAAGAUUAGAAUCAUGUCCGAAGUUGACAAAACUCUUUCUCUGUCCUCAAAGCCAAGCGCGUCAGCGCAGCCGGUUCCUCUUAACUCUUCAAUCCGCACAACUCCGAUCCAUCCGCUUCUUCCGGAUGUUCGCGUUCCUGGAGAAUCACUGCCAGUCUACAAAUACCACCCAGUGACCUGUACACCAAUAGAUUCAGAUGAAGUGCGUUCCCAGCUGGAGCAAUUGCGAAAAGAAUAUCCGACAGAAGCAGCAGCUCUGAAAGCGCAGGAACAGACCGCGAAAGAAUUGAAGAAGAAGAUGGAGGAUGCUGAAGAAAAGCGAGAAAAGUUCAAGCGGGAAAUGGACAAGAAACAAAAGGAAAGGGAUACGGAACUGAAAGUCUUGUCGAAAUAUCAGCAGGUGAAAGCGUCUGAUAUUCCGUCUUGAAGCUGGACGUGGCUGCAAAUCACCCCAUACAAGUUUUCUUUUAUCCACCGAGGGUUCUGGCUCCUCUUAGCCUAUUUCUCAUACAGAUUUAUUCGGCUUGUGCGAAGCGAGCUUGGAGAACGACUGUUUCGGUACUGAGAUUUCAGUAUGGAUUGUGCACAAAGGUUGAGUGCUUCGGAGAACCCCAAGACUAUCAACACGGUUGCAGAUACCGUUUCUGGGAAGCGAUAUGUUGUGCUUUGGUACUGUUAUCUCCACUGCCACCAUUUAAUUGAGGGCUCCAUCGGCCGGUGGUAUGUGAGCACCUGUAACUACGGCUUGGGAACUUCCUGUUGGACCAACAUUAGGAUCGCAUUACCUGAGUCAAUUCACACAGAUGCGAUUGACUAACUUGGCAGCCUUGUUGGAAUCGUCAAGAACUACCAGGUCGUCAUAACGGGUAUUUUCUAGCAUGUGAAUGAUUCAGAAACAGCUGUACCCGCGGUUAUAUGUUACGAAAUCAGGGAUCAGGUUUCGAGUUUCUGAGGUGAUAAGUCAAUGUUAUCGUCAUAACAUGCGUCGUAUUGGGUCAGUGUAUAAAAUAUGAAGACUAGGAAAGGAACAGUUUUGACUGCGCGUUUCGUCCAACUCCGGCUUCCGUUAUACUAUCAGCGUUCCGGCCCAUGCAAAGAAAUAUAGAGGGUAAAUCAGCCAGUCCACUUGAUAUGGUGCCUGAAACCCGAGAGAUAAUGCACUGAAAUUGCUUUGUCGGGCUAUCCUUUUUUAUCUCAUCAUCACUGUAGUAUGGAGCACUGUACCUCUAUCGCUUAAGGUUUAAGCCCUAAUCUAAA